GUUGGUAUAUGUGUGGUGAGAAGGAAGACCGGAAAGAGAUAAUGUUGGUUACAAACACACACAUUCUAUUAUGUUGGUAAUCGUGUUUUACAGUCAGCCGGAGUAAUGUGAGUAAAGUGAGGUUAUUUGUUGAUUCAGAUUUGUGAAACUAAUUUUUAAAAUGCCUUUUGGCACAAAACCAGAAUGCGUUAAGUGCCAAAAGACUGAAUGUUGUAUGUGGAAAAGCACUUCGGAAGGCAAACUGUGCAAUGAUUGUUUUAAUCUGAAUGAAAACAAUGGCAGUAAUAUUAAAGUUGAAGAGCCUGUGAACCCUUGUAAAGCUGGAACUCAGGAUAGUGGCGGACCGAAAAUUGCUACAAGGAAGAGUGCAAGAAAUACAAGAAACUAUAAGACAAGACUAAAUCCUUAUGCUCUACCAAAACCAGUUGCCCCUAAAGGAAAGGGGAGACGAGUUAUUUUCAAGAAAAGUUGUACAAAAGCACCUGCAGCUGUUUCUACUCCAGUGACUAGUGAUUAUGUGUUUUAUAAGGGAAGCUAUUUCCAAAUUGGAGAUAUUGUGUCAAUGCGAGAUGUUGAUGGUGGACUGUAUUAUGCCCAGAUCCGUGGUUUGCUUACAGAUCAGUAUUGUGAAAAGAGCUGUGUAGUGACAUGGCUGCUUCCUACACAGGCAAGCCCUAACCCAGAGGAGGGGUUUGAUCCUGCAACCUACAUUAUAGGACCAGAAGAGGAUAUUCCUCGGAAACUAGACUGCGUAGAGUUCGUGAUGCAUGCACCUUCAGAUUACUUCAAGGCUCGAAACACUCCCUUUCCACCUCCUCAUGUUGAUGGUUGUGACAGUAGUUUCAUCUGGACAAGGCUUACACCACAGAUGAGGUCUACAUAAUCUGAAUACAUAAGGACACCUGAACAAUAUGAUUGACUGUUCUCGUCAAGUUCAACCUAACAGAAAGACAUUCUCAUGGUAUUAUAAUAUUCAUCUUUUCAUGAAUCCAUUUCUAUCUUUAUUAAUGCUGUAUUUAUCCAAAUACCACAUGCACCUUUCUUUCAAAAUGAUUUGUAUAAGAAAAACUGGUUGUCAUAUCUGACAGUUCAUUUAAUAAAAUUUGCCUUUUAUUUUUUUCUUAAAAAGAAUAUAAAACUGUGCACAUCAUAUUUUGGGAUAAUACAGUAAGAUUUUAGUAAAUUUAAGAAUUUUCACAAAACUUUGUAUGAGCAUCAUCUCACUAGAGGCUACCAACUCUUACCAAUAAUACCAACAUGCAUCUCC